AUGCAUUUAACUUAUUUAUUAAUAAUCUACUCAUUAUUUCUAUUUAUUAGUUUAACCACGCAAGAUGCAUCUGUGAUUUCUUUUCAACCUUCCUCUAUUAGUCUUACCAUUGGUGAAAAUAAAUCAGUAACUGUUCGUCUUCUCAAAUCAGAUAUUACUUUUCCUAUUUCUCUUGUAUUUCUUUAUGAUGGUAAACUUGAUAAUACACAAGGUUAUAUUUAUUCAGUACCAAAUAUAACAUUUACAAAUCAUACAACUGAUGAUCAAAGACAACCUAUUAUCAUAAGUGGUCGUCAUCAAGGUCAUUUAGUAUUAGCAGCAAAUUCAUCACAAAUUAAUAUAUCAUCAUUAGUAGAUUUUCUACUUAUUGAUGUAGCUCGUAGUAAUGUAUUAAAUAUAUUUAUACAAAUUGUUGGGUGGAUUUAUUUUCUUGCAUGGUCUAUAUCAUUUUAUCCUCAAAUAAUAUUAAAUUUUCGACGACGAAGUGUUAUUGGACUUAAUUUUGAUUUUUUAGCAUUAAAUAUUAUUGGACAUUCAUGUUAUUCAGUAUUUAAUGUUGUUUUAUAUACAUCUUCAAAAGUUCAACAAGAAUAUUAUGCUAAACAUCCACAUGGUGUUUUACCUGUUUUACUUAAUGAUGUAAUAUUCAGUUGUCAUGCUGUUUUUGCAUGUUUGGUAACGAUUAUUCAAUGUUUGUUGUUCGAACGUGGUAAUCAACGAAUAUCUUAUGUUGCUCGCUUAUUAGGUGCCAUUUUUAUUGUAUUUUUAUUUAUAUCAUCAAUGAUUUCAUUAUCCCAUCAUUUAUCAACAUUAUCAUUAUUAUAUUUUUUUUCCUAUGUUAAACUAGCAAUAACAAUAAUAAAAUAUUGUCCACAAGCAUGGAUGAAUUAUAAACGAAAAUCAACUGAAGGUUGGUCUAUUGGAAAUAUUCUUUUAGAUUUUACUGGUGGCUUAUUCAGUUUAUUGCAAAUGUUUUUACUUUCAACAAAUUAUAAUGAUUGGUCAUCAAUAUUUGGUUCACCAACAAAACUUGGUUUAGGUUUAUUUUCGAUUUUAUUUGAUAUUUUAUUCAUUGUUCAACAUUAUAUACUUUAUCGCUCGCAUGAUCGAUAUGCAAGACGAAUAAAUACGUCAAAUAAUGAAUUCAAUGAAAAUUCACCUAUUCUUUCAACAAAAUCUUAA